AUGUCUCAACCCACCGCCGCCGCCGCCUCCUCCAGCACCGCCACCGCCAUCCCCAUCCCCGCCGCCGACGGAUACAAAAUCCACAAACCGUACAACGCCAAAGCCCAAGCCCGCGACUGCUGCAACUGCAUCUUCUUCCUCAUCUUCGCCCUCGCCCUCGCCUGCGCCGUCCCCGCCGUCACCCGCGCCCUCAUCUACCUCCAGCCCGCCCUCCCCGCCGUCGCCGUCAUCUCCUCCGCCGUCACCGUCAGAAACGUCUCCGACAGCCUCAUCACCGCCAGCUGGGACGUCACCUUCACCCUCUCCAACCCCAACGACAGGGGAUUCUUCUACGAGCGCCUCGUCGCCUACGCCGCCGGAGGCGGCGGCGCCGCCGGCGGCCACCGCAUCGCCAACGUCACCCUCCCGCCGUUCCGCCAGGCCGGACGCGCCGCCGCCACGCUCUCCGCCUCGUUCCCGUCCUUGAAAUUCGUGGUGAACGACUGCGCGGCGAACCGGACGAUCCUCCGGCCGUGCGCGCCGGCGCCGCUGAGCCUGCAGGUGGAGCCGGCGGCGGUGUACGAGCGGUGGACUUGGCCGUGGAAGGGGGACGUGGUCGUGGCGGAGUGUGACGUCAAGGAGGUGGCGUUCCGGCCGCGUGUGACGAAAUUGGAGCUGGGUCCGGCGAGCUGCCGCUCCGACGGGCGGUGGCGGCGGUUGGAGGUGAAGUGCCGGACCAUAUUCUGGAAUUAUGUCUACGUUGCGGGGAUGUGUCUUGCGAUUUUGGCGUUUUCGCUUUAG